AUGGCUCUCAAGCGCAUCAACAAGGAGCUCACAGAUCUCGGUCGUGACCCUCCCUCUUCCUGUUCAGCUGGUCCUAUCGGAGAUGAUCUGUUUCACUGGCAAGCAACCAUUAUGGGUCCUGGUGACUCACCAUAUUCUGGCGGAGUCUUCUUCCUAGCGAUCCAUUUCCCAACCGACUACCCCUUCAAGCCCCCGAAGGUCAACUUCACCACCCGCAUCUACCACCCCAACAUCAACUCCAACGGCAGCAUCUGUUUGGACAUUCUGAGAGACCAGUGGAGCCCUGCUCUGACCAUCUCAAAGGUGCUGUUGAGUAUCUGCUCGAUGUUGACAGACCCGAACCCUGACGACCCGCUUGUUCCCGAGAUUGCACAUGUGUACAAGACUGACCGGUCUCGCUACGAAUCGACGGCACGCGAGUGGACUAGGAAGUAUGCCAUCUAG